CACUAAAAAAUAUUUGGAAAACAAAGCACGAAUGCUGCGGUUGUACGUCACAGACCGAUUAUUAACUUUACGUCCCUGUCCAGAGUUAACUGUGAAAAAUACCUUUCUGUGUUUUGACAGUGCUGGCGCCAAAUUUUAUUUCCUAACCUUCGAAAGUGGACAAAUAAAAGAUACCGUUGCAGUCGUUCUAAUUUGCGGGGAUAAUGAUUGGGGCGACUACGAGGUCAUCGGCUAGAAUCGCCACCCUCAAAAGCUCACGCCAAUUAGUCGAGAGCGUUUGCAAAACUCCGCGGACCAAACCGAAGAAAAAAGCGGACGACGCGGAAGAAAUCGACUCGUCGACACCACCGAAACAUGCGAAAGUUGAACCCGCGGCCCGCUCAGACGAUAUUCCGACCUUUUUAUUGGAAAACUUGGCUAUAAGGAGCCCCGAAGGGGGACGGAUUUCGAAGCAUAUCUUAUAUUCAGACGACGUAGAGGUUACAGUGACGAAGGAAAACGACGAAAACAACCACGAUAGAAAAGGAUCUGAGUACGAUGAGGCCCGGAGGGCGUUACACAGUUGUGCUCCCAGCGAGCUGCCGGGCAGGGAGACGGAGAUCGAGGAAUUAAGUAAUUUUAUUCAAGAACAUGCGAGUACGGGCACUUCGGGAUCGAUGUACGUCAGCGGCCCUCCGGGCACCGGCAAGACGGCUACGCUCAACCUAAUCCUCCACAAGGAAAGUAUUCGGUCGAAAGUACAAGCCGUGUAUGUGAAUUGCACUUCUAUCAAGUCCGCUCAGGCCGUGUACUCCAGAAUAGCGAGGGAGCUCAAAAUCAACGUGCAAGGGAAACCGCAGAGGGAUUAUUUGGGACUGUUGGAGAGGUAUUUGACCCGGACACAUAAAACUGUCUUGCUGAUACUCGACGAGAUCGACCAACUGGAGACGAAAAACCAAUCGAUUUUGUACACGUUGUUCGAAUGGCCUGCCAAACAGGGCUCGAGGCUCGUUCUGGUGGGCAUCUCGAACGCUCUGGACUUGACAGAUCGCACUUUGCCCCGCCUACAGUCCAGGUGCGACUUGCAACCGAAACUGGUGCAUUUCGCGCCCUACACCAAAGAUCAGAUCAUUAAAAUUUUCACGUCCAGAUUGGAGGCCGCGGGAGCGUCCAAAGUGUUUUCAGCGCCCGCGCUUCAGAUGCUGGCCGGUAAAGUAGCGUCCGUUUCGGGCGACAUUCGCAGGGCCCUCGAUGUCGGUAGACGCGUCGUCGAGCUCAUCAAUCAGGAACAACAGAAAGUGCUCAAGUCCGUGGAAAACGUCACCCUUCCCAAGACCGUCCACUUGAAAGAGGUGACGAAAGUGUUGAACAACGUGUACGGUACUACGCAGCACUUGUCCGAUGGUGCGGACGACACGUGGCCGUUGCAACAGAAAAUUGUGGUGUGCGUUUUGCUCCUGAUGAUGGACCAGGCGAAAGCCAAGAUCGUGACGUUGGGGAGGUUGCACGAGGCGUACAGGAAGGCGUGCGCGAAGAGAAACAUCCACGCCAUCGACCAAACAGAGUUCGUCGGUUUGUGUUCGCUGAUAGAGUCGCGUGGCAUCAUCAAAGUGAGCGGCAAAAAGGAGCCCAGACUGCACAAGGUCACCUUGGAGUGGAACAGGAGCGAAGUUGUCGACGCGCUAAGAGACAAGCAACUGAUGUCGGCCAUUUUGCAGGACCGAGCUCUGGUCAAGUGAUACGUUUUACGGUUUUUCUGCACUUCGAUUUCGUACGGCGUUGAUUUUAUUUAUUGAGUAGUAAAUACGAUUUGUUUUUAACUAAGACCGUUGAUUCAUUUCGCCGAAAUCUACCCCAGACAUCAAUAUUACGGUUGAUUAUAUUGGGUUUAGUCUAUACUACUUUUAUACAAAUCUAAUAUUUAAGAAGUUAUUCUAUAUGUCAGAUAUUAGUUAUGUUUAUAACUUUAAUACUCUUGGAAGGCUGAUAGCAUAUAUAAAAAGUGUUAUUAGAACUGCGCAGCGUCCACGGAUAAAAGUGAUGUUUUAAGAUUUG